AUGCCUGGAGCGGGAGCGAGAAAGAGUCGGAGCGGAAGAAAUGAGUUAACAGAAUUUUUUGAGAAAAUAGGAAUACAAAUGUCAAAACUAAUGAAUUCAUCAUCAUCCAACGUAAUCACACCACCACAACUAAAAACUGAUAAUAAAAAUAAAUAUUUAUAUUGUGAAAUACCAUAUCGUGGUAAAACAACACAAAUUUUCGCUAAUAAAUUAAAACAUUUAAUUCAACACCAAAAACCGACUAAACAACUACGAAUAAUACAGCGUCCACCAAAAUCUAUACAACAAUAUUUUCAAAUAAAAGAUAAUAUUCUACAUCCAUUAAAAUCUAACUUAGUUUAUCAUGUAGUUGCAAAAGACGGUAAUGAUGAUUACGUAGGUAAAACAAUACGACAGAUUAGCAGACGUUUCAAUGAACAUGGAAUAAAAUUUCAAAUUGAGCAACAACAACAAAAUAAUU